GGCUACCCCGUUUGUAGUUCAGCAACAGGUGAAGGGGGCUUCUGGCCAAGUGGAUCAUUCCCAGCCCUGACAUUCCUUUCUGGGACACAUUAUCAGCCGCCGCUGGGGGUGAGACUGCUGCUAAAUUUAGGAAGGGGAUUUGGUGAGACCUCCCCUCCCAGUGUGAGUGUGUGAGACAGCACCGAGACGCUCUCCAUUCCCUUCCCAGCUGCAACGCUCGCAUCCAUCGAAAGCAGAUCACCAUGGCAACCGGUCAAGAUCAGGAGGGCGAACAAGUGGUUCCUGAUGAAGGUGCAGACGAAGACGUCAGAGCGGUGCAGGCUCACUACCUACGCAGCCCGUCUCCCAGCAGCUUCUCCAUGCUGUCCGACGCCUACACCGAGAGCAUCUUCCUGGAACCCAUCCAUCUUUCAUCCUCUGUGGCCGCUAAGCAGAUCAUAAAUGAAGAGCUGAAGCACAAAGAGGUGAAGGUUGACACCACAAGCCCCGGGAUGUUGGAGUCGGCAGAGCAGCUGAUGGUGGAGGAUCUUUACAACCGAGUGAAGGAGAAGAUAGAUGAUAGAAGCCUCUUCAACACUCCCUGUGUCUUGGACUUGCAGAGGGAGCUGAUAAAGGACCGCCUGGAAUCCCCUUUGAACUCUGUGGAUGAGGUCUGGCCCAAUGUCUUCAUUGCCGAAAAGAGUGUGGCCGUCAACAAAGGGCGUCUGAAGAGAAUGGGCAUUACCCACAUAUUAAAUGCGGGCCAUAACACCACCGUGUUCACUGGGCCUGACUUCUACUCUGGGAUGAACAUUCAGUACAUGGGAGUGGAAGUCGAUGAUUUCCCAGACUCCGACAUCUCAAAGUUCUUGCGACCUGGCGCCGAGUUCUUGGAUGAAGCUCUUCUCACAUACAGAGGUAAAGUUCUAGUGAACAGUGAAAUGGGAAUCAGCAGAUCCGCAGUCCUGGUCGCCGCUUAUUUAAUGAUCUUCCACCACAUGACCAUCCAGGAAGCCCUGAUGACGAUGCGCAAAAAAAGAGCUAUUUACCCCAAUGACGGGUUUAUAAUGCAGCUGCGGGAACUUAAUGAGAAGUUACUGGAGGAGCGGGAGUAUUCAGACCAAGACGACGACGCCAAUAGCCAAGGCUCUGUCAUUGAGGCUAAAGCUUCCUCCAUAAGAGUAGAAGAAGAGGAUGUUGGGAGCAUCAUGGGAGCCAAAGUUCAUUCUAUAACUGUUGAGGAAGAAGAUACCACCAGUGUUAUGGGUAGUGUAAUGAGCAUGAUGGGAAAGGCAAGUGUGGUCUCCAAGCAGCCAACACUUAUUGACGAAGAUGAAGAGGAAAGGAUAUACGAGGAAUGGAGAAGAAAGCAAGGUCUUCCACCAAAGGAUAUACCAAAAAAGCCAGAGAAUCCGGACCUGAAACCUCCAGAGGAAGGUGAUUGUGGGGAUUAUGUGAAGCAGAUGAUACACGAGUGGCAGAAUCAAAACGAGAAAUACCAGUCGCUCAAACUUGAUGAUGAUGAUGAUGAUGGAAGUUCUUUGAUGGGAGGGUACGCCCCAAGCGAAUUUAGUGACGUUUCAAGUGUGACUUCCCAGCAGAUACAGGCCCUAAAGAGACAGCUCGAAGCCAGUGGAAUAAACAGGACGAGCAGAGGACGUAGCGACUCCGUAUCAACUGACAGCACGUGGGACAUGUGGAACGAGAGGUUACAGGAAAUUGAAAAGGAGGCCAAAGCCAUGGCUGAUAAAGGCACUAAGCAAAAACAGAGAGAGGUGGACGAGGAAAGUGUUUUCUCAGACACCAGCUCUUUAUUUAAUUUUUGCAAAAAGAACAAAGAUAAGUUGACUCCAUUGCAAAGGUGGAAAAUCAAAAGAAUCCAGUUUGGGUACCACAAAAAAGAUUCCGAGGCAGCCGACGCUCAGAGUAAGCAGGAAGGUUCCGGGCAAAAACAGGACGACGAGACGAGUCAGUCAGACGUUAGUGUAACUGCCUACCAGGAAUGGAAGAUGAAGCAUCAACAGAAGCUGGGCAGCGAGAACAAGGAUGAAAUUGUGGAAAUUGCAAAAGGUGAAGACACAGCAACGGUUAAAAGGAGGCAAAGGAGGGCUGAGAUCAUUGAACGUUCCAAGCAAAAUCUGGAAGAAAGCCAGUCAAUAUGUGGCUGGGACACUGCCAGCUCAAUCAGUGGGAGCAUCCCCUUAACCGCAUUCUUCCCCACCGCGCCAUCUACAAGUGGCGUUAAUGACGCAGCCUCGGUGUUGAGCAUGCAAAGCAACAAGUCUGGAUUGUCCCAAGCCAAAAGUUUAGCCAGUCAACCCUCGAUGGUGCCUCCCAAUAUGCCGCCGGGAGCAGCAGAUGCCAUUUCCAUGGCCAGUAUUCAGAACUGGAUAGCGAAUGUCGUGACUGAAACCAUCGCCCAAAAACAAAAUGAAAUCAUGAUGAUGUCUCGGGCAUCUUCUGCUUUAAGCGUGGCCUCGGGGGAUGUCGGCAGGAGAAUGGACGAUAACAAGGCCUCUUUAUUUGGAGCUGCGGCAGGUUCCUGUCUGUCUAACUCCCAGCACCGGGACAUGAGAAGCACCGACUCUGUCCUGUCCUACAACACUUCCAUGAGCGCUAGUACAGAUAUAUCUACUUCCAAGAGAAAGAUUACUCAAACGAGUAAACCGUUCUACGGACUGUUCCUUGACGAUGUUGAUUUGAAAAAGUUAAAUCAAAAAGAAAAUGAAAUAAGGGAGGAGAUAAGUGGGAAAAUGUCCAAAUAUCAAAAGGAAAGAAUUGUCAGUAACAACAAGCGCAGUACCGCAUAUAAGAAGAAAAAGGCAAAGGAUACAGAAGAAGAUGACGAGACGGAAAGUUUUCUAAGUGCUAAGCUGCCCAGUUAUAAACCUUCCUCAAGCCGAGACUACAGCAAGCCCAACCCAAGUCCCUACGACGGUUAUUGUGGAAAAGCUACUGCAGCUUCCUCAGAGUUGGAAAAGAACGUCAGCAAAUGGCUCAGUGGCGUCAAAUCAGAAGGACGGACAGUAGUACAGAAUGAGAGUCGGUCUGAAAGGUAUUCCUCGAGGUCAGAAUACCAAAGAGACAGAGAGUCUGAAAUGAAUGGCUACGAAUAUUCCAGGAAGCUAACAGCGGACGAUGAGAACACGAGAUCUUACGUGGAAAGUACCAGGGAGUCACGGGGAUAUUCCAACGUCUCGGAGGAAGAGGAGGAAGAGGUGAGGCACAGUUAUAGAACAUCUAAAUUAAAUCAAAAUUAUAGAGAAGACAGUCCAGACAUACAUUUGGGAGAGACAUCAUAUGACGGGAGCAAUAACGACUUGGCAAACUCGAGACGACCACGAACGUAUCAGCGGGAAGAUGACUCGGAUAACUCGGACACAUCAGAUCUUGGCACAAAAAGAAAAUACACCCAGAGCUUGGAGAGGCACGACGAGGGGGGGAAUGAAGGCGGAAGCAGUCUAACGGAAAGCAGAUAUUCAGCGGGGCGGCAGUCUCAGCUUAGGAAACGCAGAGAGGAGGCCGAAGGGGCGGAUGAUGAUGAUAUCAUUGCAGCGUGGCGGAACCGGCAGGAAGAAACCAAGUCGAGACUGCGCCGAUAUAAAGAAGAGAAUUAGCCGCACCCAACGAGCAAACCUCAAACCAUUCAUUUUAAUGAGACUUUGUCGUUAUUUGUAGGUAAAUUCCAGCCCCUCUCCAUCAGUCACACAGGGUCCCACUGGCAGGUAAAAAAGUGCACGGAAAAAUGUCACUUUACUGCGUUGUAGGAAGUAAUACAGCUGCUCUUCAUCUUUUUGUGGUUUUUGAAUGAUUUAAAUUGAAUUAACAACCAGACAGCGGCUUGGGCGCCAGAAGGAAAGAGGGCAGAAUAGGAGAAUAAAUGAUGUUUAAAUAACCUCCAAAGACUUAACUUACCAUUAAAACCCUUUUCUAGUUACUACGGUGAAAACCUAGAAACACAUAGCAGCCUAAAUGCAAUGCUGAAGAAUUACAGGUUAAUAUAAAAGCGAGCAAAAUAGAAAAUCAAAAGCUGUGAAUGCGUUUAUAUUGCAAUUGUCUAAAGAACAAUGAAUGCAAAUAUAUAUAUCUAUCUAUAUAGGCAGCAACAAGGGCCCCUCUACCCUCCCCCAUUACCAAUAUAUAUAAGACAUUAACCCAUUCUGUGCCUUAAGCUGCCAAGCAUUGCCCUCCCCUCACACAGUUGUGGGACAGUUAUACCACAAAUAUACUUUACGUUCUAUAGGAACCAUUGUUUGUGGAAAUGUAACUUUGAUUCCCAAAUGUAUUUUUUUAAUGGUGAAAAUAUCCUUACAGAGCGUUACGUUUGGCUGCGACAGUUCUGCUAUGAAAAUAAAUAUUUUGCCAAAAAGAAA